CUUUCUUUAAAUAAGACAAACUCAUCUAUUUUUGGUGGUCCAUGCACCACCCGAACCCCGCUCACCUACCACGUGGAAACCUAUCACAGGGACUCCAACUUCCUCAUUUCACUACACACCACUCUGCUCCUCUCUCUCUCUAACCGUAGAUAUAAAUUUGAGCUAAUAAACAAACGCCGUCACAUAACCUUCGUAGUAUAGCAAAGCCCUUCACUUUCAGCUCCCGAAAGCCGUCACGAGUCACGACCCACCCUCGGAGAAGGACAACACUCCACACACACACACACAACAAUGAAGCAGGGGCUCGCUUUCCCAUAAAACGACCACGAAGAGCUUCAAAAACCGUACCGAUCGAGUGGCGCCGGGAAAAUAGCUCAGAUCAACGUCUCCGACGAUCUAGGAUUCCGGCGAGGACGGUAGCGUCGUUCGUCGAUUGCUCUCUUUUGAAAUGGCUUCGGAGGAUGUGAAACCGAGCGAAUCGGCGGUCUCCACGAUCGUCAAUCUGGCUGAGGAGGCUAAGAUGGCGAGAGAGGGCGUGGUCAAGGCUCCGAGCCUUGCGGUUCUCAGUGUCUGCAAGUCUCUGGUCGCUGGUGGAGUCGCUGGUGGAGUGUCACGCACAGCUGUUGCUCCAUUGGAGCGACUGAAAAUAUUGCUCCAGGUCCAGAAUCCACAUAACAUAAAAUACAAUGGAACAAUACAAGGCUUGAAAUAUAUCUGGAGAACUGAGGGUUUCCGUGGAUUGUUUAAAGGAAAUGGUACGAAUUGUGCUCGUAUUGUCCCCAACUCAGCAGUCAAGUUCUUCAGCUAUGAGCAAGCUUCUAAGGGAAUAUUGUUACUGUAUCGGGAUCAAACUGGCAAUGAAGAUGCUCAGCUCACUCCUCUUCUACGUCUUGGAGCUGGAGCAUGUGCUGGAAUUAUUGCCAUGUCUGCAACUUACCCGAUGGACAUGGUACGAGGAAGGCUAACUGUACAGACAGAGAACUCUCCCUUUCAGUACAGGGGAAUGUUCCAUGCUCUAACGACUGUGCUUCGCGAGGAGGGCCCACGGGCUUUGUACAAGGGAUGGCUUCCUUCUGUAAUUGGAGUUGUUCCCUAUGUUGGUCUCAACUUUGCUGUGUAUGAAUCCUUGAAGGAUUGGUUAAUCAAAAGUAGACCAUUUGGACUUGUUGAAGAUACAGACUUAAGUGUCACAACAAGGUUGGCAUGCGGGGCUGCUGCUGGAACUGUUGGGCAAACUGUUGCUUACCCCCUUGAUGUCAUUCGUCGAAGGAUGCAGAUGGGGGGAUGGAGUAAUGCUGCUUCUGUUAUCACUGGUGAUGGGAGAAGCAAGGCCCCACUUGAAUAUACUGGCAUGAUUGAUGCAUUCAGGAAAACUGUUCGACAUGAGGGCUUUGGAGCGUUGUACAAGGGUUUGGUUCCCAAUUCUGUUAAGGUAGUGCCAUCCAUUGCAAUUGCAUUUGUGACGUAUGAGAUGGUGAAGGACGUUUUAGGAGUUGAGAUCAGGAUAUCGGACUAAAAUUGCAGGAGCUCCGUGAUAUUUAUCUUUGCGUGUGCUAUUUUUGUAGGCCGGGAAAUAGAGGUCUGAUAAACUAGGGGUAAUUUCUUCCUUUUCUCUCUGAAGCUCUAGCGAGUCUCAGCCUGUGUUCAUAAAUUGCUUUCCCCCCUGUUUUCCUUUUUGUAUUUCCAUAUGAACACGAUGUAGCUUUGAAGCUUCUCAUUCAUAUGAUGUGCCAAUAAGUGUUUCGACAAUGUAAAACAUGCUUUUGCAUGCCUUAUUCCAUAAGCUUUGAGAAAGCAUUUUCUACA